GAAAAGAAGAGACAUGUUCCCAGUACAUUGAGAAAAAUAUUGAACUAUGAUAUCUAUUUAUCCAAGAAAUUCUUGACCUGGACAGAUGGAAUCCCCCCAUUACAAGCACUGAGCAGUAAUGCCAAAGCCUUAGAGAUCUCCUGCCAUGGAAUUCCUUGGUUUGCCUUUUGGAUAGCCUUCACCUGGUUAUUCGAUAACCCUCAUUUGGUGGAAAUGCAAGUGAAUAUGCUCAUGGGUUUGUUCGUGGACAUCGUUUUCGUGGCCGUAGCGAAAGCGUACUUCCGCAGGCGCAGACCCGUGGAGAACAAGGACGAUGCCCUGGGACAAAUGGGGCCCGACGUGUUCAGUUUCCCGUCGGGCCACGCCAGCAGGGCCGUCUUCGUCGUCUACUUCUUCACCCGCUUGUGGCCCGUUCAUUUGCUGUUCCGGCCGUCUGUGGUCGCUUGGGCCUGCGCCAUUUGCUUGAGCAGGUUACUCAUGAAGAGGCACUACCUCCUGGACGUGCUCGGAGGUUGUUUGCUGGGGUUGUUCGAAGGGCUCUUGAUGGAGCUGCUGUGGCUAGAUGGCGCCACAGCCAGAUCUAUACUGUCAAUUGUCUCCGAUGAAAAAUUGGACGGGGGAGAGUAUCACGUGUGAUAGUGUUAGUCGUUUGAGCUAUGUUUUUCGUUUCAACUUGUAUCCUUGGAAGAUUCUUGAUGAAAUUUGCUCAAAUUUUCAAUGAAUCAGCUCUAGUCAAUGCGAGUCGAGACCAAAGUGAAAAUUCCCGAUAAUGAGUCGUGUAGUUACCUAUGAAAACUAAUCGCAAUAUUAUACUUUUUUCUUG